AUGGUGUUGGCGAUUAAAGCAGUUCGAACUCAUGUCAUGGGUUACAAGACAGCGGCGAAACAUUUUCAAGUACCGAAAGGUACCCUUGAACGUUAUGUUAAAAACAUUAAUUUUUCUCCUGAAGAACUCGUUCGUACAACACUUGGUAGAAAACCUGCUUUAGGAAAAGCUAUCGAGGAUGAGCUAGUUCGAUACUGUUUCGAUAUGGAUAAUAGGUUUUUUGGUCUGCGAAGAUCUGAUGUAAAACGCAUGGCCUUCGAGUUGGCAAUUGCUAAUAAUAUCCAGCACCCAUUUUCACAGGAAAAAGGCGUUGCAGGAAACAAAUGGCUUAGAGGAUUUUUCAAACGUAAUCCCCAGCUGUCUGUUAGGUCACCUCAAGGCAUGUCCAAUGCCAGAAUACGGGGAUUCAAUCAAGAAAGCGUUGCUUCAUUCUUCGAUUUGUACGAAAAGGAAUUAUCGAAAAUCAAUUUUGCACCACAAAGGUUGUUUAACGUGGAUGAGACAGGGAUUAGUGUGGUGCAACAUAAAAGAAGUAAGGUCAUUUCUGCUAAAGGUAAAAAGCAAGUACGCGUAACAUAG